AUGCUGGUGCUGACGCCGUUUUCGUGCGUGCGCUUUGUGCUCUCCUUUCUGUCCGUCUGCCUCUGUUCGACCGUCUCUGCGCAAAAUGAGGAAGGCAUUGGUGGACUUCCAACAAAUUCUGACUAUCUCGAAGUCCGUAAGCGCGUGGAUCAAAUGACCGAGACCAACUCCACGCAUUUUAGCACUUCCUUCAGCACAGCAGAACUGAAUAUUUCUUUCUCCUGUGAAGUUGAACAUUUUCAGCUGAUUGAAUAUUCCGACGAGUCAACGGCCACCUGCUACAUCUCCUAUUCAUCAAAAUCAGCCCGUCUUCUCACCUAUGCAGUCGAUCGUCCGGUCUCACUGAGUCUCCCACCGCAGACCUGGCCUGUACUCUCUGCAAGUUCCGGUGCUGUCGUGGAUUUCUCCAUUAAACUCAAACCUGAGCAACUUGGACUGGCAUAUGUUCUCAUCUACGUGAAUCCGUUUAACUCCACAGUAACCGACGAGUCUCAACUUGUAUCCGGCUUCAGGGUUGUUAUUCUGCGAAAAUCUGGCCUUGUCGACCGCAUAUUUCGUAUUGGGCUAAUAAUCCUACUAUUUGUCGUCACAUUCCUGAUGGGCUGUGAUUUAGACAUAGUUAUCCUGCGCGAGCAUCUUAGGAAGCCGAUUGGACCGGUGAUUGGAUUCUUGUGUCAAUUCAUACUGAUGCCUGGGGUGAGUUUAUUUUUGAAGGCAGCACCUUCUCCUUUUUUAUCCCAGCAGUGAAGAUGGCUUUUCUAUGCGAGCUGAGGUUUGUAGCUUAUUGUUUCGGUCCACUUGAUUUUUUUUCUCGAUAGCUGAAUCACAAGUCCCUUGGAAAAGUAGUUUUCGAUCCAUGUUUUACCGUCUAACUAGAGUGUGUUACCGCGCGCAUAACUUGUUUUUGCUAGCCAAUGCCCGAAGUCCCUUCGGCAGGUGUGCUCCGCAGUUUGUUCUGAUUCAUAGAUCAACUUACCUCCACUUUAAAAGCAUUUGACCUUAGUGCGCAUUGUUUUAUGCCAGAAGUUGAAUUGUCCUAGGUUUUUUCUCCAGGGCUCAGAAGUCAACUACAUUUGUUUUCAAAAGGCCCCAUCCUGGAUCGGCCCGUUACUUGAAAAGCCAACCGAGUUUUCCGGACUGCAUAGACACUCAUUUCUUUCUUGCUUUUUAAUUUCCCCAAAGGUUAACUACGAACCUGGAGUAGGUGAGUAUAUUCUAGGAUCCAUAGGCGCAGACCGAAAUUGGAUAUGAAUCCUUGGACCGAAGUCCAUCAACCACAGCGGGAUGACCGCGUAAUACUCAUUAACUGCCGUCAGGUAGCUAGUAGUAUAUUUUGCGCUUGCGGGAUACCAUUCUAGCAGCACAUGUACUCGCUAAAAUCCCAGACACGCGUGUUUCGCCGAUAUUCUGCCGCUACAUGGCUCAUUUUUUUCCGAACUCAGCCUCAUCAAUAAGCUACUGCGAGUUCUGUAAGUGCAGAUCUCUCUCCCUGAGCGACUGACUACCCUGCCACAAAAGUUGACACGUGAUAUCCGCUCAAAAAACAUUCCCUCAGUCUGUGGGAAAGUAACACUCAGCCAACAUAAGUUCCGCGUGAGAAAGGUUUCCUAGUGGCCGCAUCUCGCUGUCAACGCUGUCAUCGGACGGCGUAACCAUUACUAGAUCCAUACGCUGAUGCAGCGGGGAAGAGUUGUGGGGAAAUCUUCCAUUUUGAGGGAAAGUCGCCAAAACCGUCGACCCUUGCAUUGUUCAGAUUGGGAAGAGCCAAUUUAUUCGUCGUUUAGACGUGAGGUUUAUCUGGUGCUCGACCCUCGUCGUGGAUUUACCGAUAUUGACUCGAGUAAAACCUGUAUGUUGUAAAGUUUCACUGAAGGUUUUUCGAUCGGAAAAUCUCACGCGUGAUCGUUGAAGUGAGUUUUUACAGCAGUUUUUGCUCUGUAUGUACUGGGUUGGUUCGUCUCCGAAAUAGAGUGACCUGAACAUUGCCAAUAGAAGCGGAGAGAUGAGUCCCAGGAAGUAGUCUUGAAGAAGGAGACAUGAUCGCUGGGACAAGAGUUUUAUUAGCCUGACGUUUCGGAUUCCUGCUCGAACCCAUCAUCAGAGACAAAAGCAGGUACGGGGGCUUCAUGCACAAGGGGCUGCAGUAUUUAUAGGAUGCAGUCGCCAUGCUACCGCAUACCUAUGAACAAUCACGGCUCCCCGCAUCAUCCGGGAUCGUUACACUUGGUGUGCUAAUUGUUUGAUGGUCGACAUUUGCGUUCAAUGCUGGUGUGAUGAUUGCUCGACCAUCUGACGCACCGAUCCUGGUGUUGGGAAAAGUGUUCACAUGUGCGCUACCCGCAUGCCUGAUUACUCCGCCUAGGCGAAGUCUCAGCACCGACUAUUGUAGGGGAAGUUCAUUGCACUUGUUAAUUGACUGUGGGCCAGUAAGUCAUGAUACAAGUAGCUUCCGGCUCACGCGGUUGCCACCUCUUGCGAGAAUUUCGGCCUCGUCGAAUUUGAUUGCGUGGCCGGAUCUCGUCGAAUGAGCCGCAACUUGAGAGCUGGCGUCAUUUCUCCGCACCGCUGCAGCGUGUUCGGCCAUUCGCGAUCGGAGCUGUUUUCCGGUUUCUCCGACGUAGUUGAUUUGUCCGCAACUGCACCAGAUCCGAGAAACGACUGCAGACGUUUCUUGUCGUGGCAGUGGGUCUUUCGGUUUCAUUACCAAAGGCCUUAUGGUUGCCUUCGGUCUGUGUGCAACUCCAACCCCAGGUUGUGUGAGAAGGCGGCCGGCAGCUUCCGAAACGUUUUUGACAUACGAAAGUGCCCGCCAAGAUUUGGUGUCCGUGCCGUUAGGCGUUUCGUCCCUUUUGCGUAUGCACCGGUUGACAAAGUUGCGCGGGUAGCCAUUGGCGUUGAAUACCCGUCGUAGGUAUUGUAGUUCGGCAAUCUCGUCUUCCGGCUCACCGCAGUGUUAACAAGCUGAUUCCCACGAGUUGCAUCGGACAAAAGAUUAAUUUCCGAGUGCGGCGAGCUCCGUCUAGUGAGACCCUCGAGAUUAAAUCACUCUCAUGUCAAAGAAAAGCACGCUCAUAUGCUCAGUCGAAGUUUAGGACAGGUAUUAGCAUAGGGAAUUGCCUGAAUAUACACGGCAACGUCAAUUCCCGUUCAAAUUCAAAAGCAUUUUGCUUGUUACUUUUACGUUGACACAUUGCGCAAUGUUUAAGAUGUCCGACAGUUCUUACAUCAGUUUCUAGAGAUAGGUCACGUUCACGUCCUUGUUGUGCCCCUCGUCGUGGAUGUACCGAUAUUGACUCAAGUAAAACCUGUAUGUCGUAAAGUUUCACUGAAGGUUUUUCGAUCGGAAAAUCUCACGCGUGAUCGUUGAAGUGAGCUUUUACAGCAGUUUGUGCUUUGUAUGUACUGGGUUGGUUCGUCUCCGGAGGCAGUAGGUGCGAGGGAGAAGUUAAAGUUUCUUGAUCGUGAAGCAAUAGUUCCCCGGGAUGAAGUGGAAGCAGGCAAAACAGCAAAAUUUAUUGGAACCAAUACAUUUCGCAACGGCUUAUCAACUGUGGUCUGUCGUUGCAUAACAGAGAUACCAAAAAAGAAAGAUACGGAGAUUUAAACUCCCACAGACAAAGUCGAUUUAAAGCGGCAACAUCAUCGUAUACUGCACGCAGGCUAAUCAAUAAAAUAGUAACUUCAAAACGCAACAUAGGGAAGAAAACGGGAAAGUUAAUACGCAGAGGGAUUGCGCAAAUCAAAGGGGCCAGAUUUACCAGGACAAGCUUAGGUUGACCACGUGUAUAGGUCGGGUUUCUCCCGCCGUAUGAAGGGUGCCUCCAAAUAGCUCACUAUCCGAGUUUUUUACUGCCCGAACUAACACUCGAAAAGACGCUUUAGGGUCAACAGAAUGACCACAUUCUAGGAGGCGCCUUAUGAUAGAACACCAUGGUGUUUUAUUCUCCCGCUUUAGAAACCAUUUAGGCAGGCGCUCAACUGACCUGGCUGUCAAUUGCCUGUGCGUUGCCCCGCAAGUGCAUGUGAAUUCGUAAGCACGAUUUGACGUCCCAGUUCCAGAGGCAAGGCAUCCUUUGCUCGUGGAACUGGGACUGCUGAAUAUGAGUUCGGCUGCUUUGUAUGUUCUUUCAAUGGCGCAUCUCAAUCGCCGCUUAAUGGUAUUUGCGAUUUCACCCUUAAAGCGUAAGGAUAUUACAAGGGGCUUUUUCGGAACUGAUUAGGUCGUAAGGUGUUACUGCACUUUUGGGUGAAACGUGUUGAAUGUCCAGGUUUUAGCAGGGCUGCUAUGAUGCAAGAAGUCCCAGCAUCCCGAAGUGUGCAACACGUGGGACUUGAGCCCGCGACCUGUUGGUUAGAAGUCCAUCGUCCCUGACCACUGGGCCACGGGCUCGUUGUAAGUAAGGCUACAUCUUAAGUAAUGUGUGGGAGGCGGGAUUGGAUAAGUGAAAGCACAAUGAAGUCAAAGGUCAGUUUGGCGAACUGUCGUAAAGCGUUACAAACAAAAAUAUUCCACCAGUCCCUCUCGACGAUGCUGAUUCCAGUAAUUCAAGUCACGUCUGUAGAACAAGUUCGCUUAGCAGCAGACAUGUUGUGACCGCUUUUUUUCUAAAAGAAUCCCUGAUGACUCCUUUUUAACUGCUGCGUGGGAUUGUGUACGCCAAGCUGCGAAAACAGUCUCAUUCAAUUUUUCUUUUGACAGUCACACGGCAGCCCGCAUUUGCCUGUAGAUUACGACGACCUUGACUACUGUUGCGGAUUGGGUAGUCCGAGAAACGCGCGCGUCGAGACGAAACUUACCACGAGGGGGUUGCGUGUUGUGACACGCUGGGAGAACGAUUCCCUGCACCAUCUGGCUCGAACUCACCAGCAUAGGAGCGUGAACCGCCAGGAUUAUGUCGGACGAGGAGUAUGGUCCUAACGCGUGACCGGGGACACUUGUCGCAUUGAACUAGCGGAGACUCGUGCCAAGUUAAUAACUGACCCAUCGGAGAGAUGGCUGCCGACCCGCGCCUGAAGACACACCACAUCUGCGUGUUUACUCAUGUGCCGAGGGUCUACUUGUUUCAAGGCUGACCACCACCGAAGGCCAUUCGACCAUUCGUCAACUGGGCAGGACUGUACUUCUGAAAGCUGUUUUCUUCAUGGUAAGGGACAGAGUGCAUCACUACAUCCACUAUCCAAUCUAGUGACGUGAGACGGUUAGGAAGGGUAACAAUGUCAUGCUUAUGUACGCCAUCUCGAAAACGCGUACUUCUGAGUAAAGAUCCAUGUCCCCAAAACGGCAUAAAAUGAUUGGGGGGGGGCUGCCAUCUUGUGAAAUAGAUCGAUUUUCCGUCCUGAGGGCCAGGCUGAAACGGACACCGUUUAGUGUGAUGUCAUGGCGAUUACUGACACUCGCCAGAGCAGUGAGUCGAGCCCGGUUGCCAGUUGAACGCCGGCGUGCGAGUGGCACGUUUAGACGGGAGGUUAGGUCCAGUCAGCCACCGUCCCCGAUCACGUCUUUAGUUAGCGUAACUAUAACUUAUUAUGGCAAAUGUUGGUGAGAUGUGGUUAUGUAGCCCCACAUAAAGUAAAUAAACCCCAGCCGCCUGUAAUACGGGACCGAUGAUAAUUGGGGAUUUUGCAGGUGAGGUCGGGAAAGGCACAGUUGACGAGUCCAAGCAGUUGUAUGCAAAAGAAAAGCUACUGUGAAUGCGUGGGUGUACUUUGAGUGGUUGAGAAAUAGUUGCCCUAACCACAUCUUUCCCAAAUGUUGGUUGAGGGAUGACUCGGGCUCCUCCCAGGCGGUAACGCGGCCCUCGCAACAACUCGCCUCAGUCGAAGAUCCGAAGUCAUUUUAUUUGACUUGAUGGAUAGCUUCGAUGCUGACUCACCCGUACUCGAUGCAGCUACGAAAGCGCCUGACCCGGUCGGUCUCGAUUUCUGGGGACCAUCUGCGACGAAGCACCUCGAUAGCCCGACCCAUUCUCUCCUCCGGUGAGAGCGACAGAGUGUAGGAGAUCCACAAACCACCUCCACGUCACGGUGACCUGUGUUGAACUAGGUUUUGAGCUGACCACCUCGACGCGCCCAAGUGGAGAAGGACGUCAGAUCGCGAAUAGCAACACCAGGCUCGUGCGGCAAACGACAAACACGCCCAAACCACCUCAGUCGCCUUAAUUAAAUGACUAGAAAUGCCCCGCAACGUUGUCACAGCGAGCGCGGACUGUCUCACCUGAGACGGGGUCAGUGCACUUCACUUGCAGAAUGAUUCUUAAGAAGUGGUGGUAAAGUACCUCCAGUCUUUCAUGCACACAGCCCAAUGUUCACAACCGUACAGGAAUGGCGGUACACGCGACCUUCGUGGGCGAUCGAGACGUCACUCUAGUUCUUCCCAAGGCAUGCACACCCCGCGAGGAGCAUCUAUCUUGGAGACGACGUCGUCCUUACCCCACCCAUCGAUAGUAGUCUCACCCGUGGAACUUGAAACUGUCUACCUGUUCAAAUUGAGUAUUUCACUAAUCUCCUGGGAUGCAGCCCAAAAGCAGGUCGGUCUCCCCACCAGCUGGCGAGCCCAAUGCUUUGAGCAGUAUCCUGAGGAAUUCUCAGCAAUCCACCGCGUCUGGGGUAUGAAACGCUGAUUGGCUAACAGCCGAGGUUGAAGUGACCCCGCCUGAUGGACCGCAAACGGCCAUUCCAAUAUCAGCGGUCUUUGUCCGGACUGGUCUGUGACGAUGCUCAUUGACGAAGGCCGUUUCGAGUACCAAGUAGGUUGUCAGGUGUCGAAUUUAUGCACGUUGUGAGGGUCCCGUUUCAGCAAGCUCUAUGUAACGCAGACGGAGGUACGGAUGACAAGAGGGAAAAUCGCGGGCUGACACACUCCGGCGCCAUCACGGACCUGGCUCACAUACAAGGCCUGACUGUACGUAAACAGGUGCUUUCAGCCGCAUCAAGAACUCCGGGUGUGUGUGUGUGUGGCGCAGUUAGGUAGAGCCCAGUCCGAAUCAUGUGGAAGGCGAGUUACGAGCGUCAAUCAUGACCGUUAAACGCACAAGGUUGGACUGUCAAUUCGAGUUGGAAGGGCAGAUCACGUACAGACAGUACCGCAAACACUUACAGCUAACAUUCUCAUCAGGCAAAUGUCAGAGGAAAAUAUAUGCGUUGACUACAGCCAAUCGAAAUAUCGAUCGGCUUCAAAGGCGAGAAGUUGAGCAAAGUGUGUUCCUGUGCGUCUUAUUGAUGCUGGUGUCAACGCCAUAGAGGUAUUUAAUCACGAUCUCUAUGCUGUUGCCAGACCUAUCUGAAUGAGUAGUCUGGUUUGAAAACCAAGACGUGAAAGUGUGAGUCGUCUUCGAGGUGAGGCCCUGGAAACUGCGCAGGUGCUGAAGUGCUCGUUACUAUCCAAGUUACAAAUAUUGGACGCGGACACGUUAGUCCGCAUCUAAGGGAAUGGUCCUCGUGCAUUUUCCGUUUUGCUCGUGCUCUCCGGGUGUCCUGCCUCAGGUAUUCACGCGUUGGAAGAUAUACUCCACGACGCCAUCGAGGCCGCCUAAAUGAGUCAUGAUCAUAGCCGCAUCAAGUUCUCACUAGGACUGUGGCUGGGGUCUGCGAACGGGAAGGGAGCGUAAGAUGGACGUCUCAGCGCAUUUUCCUCACUAUAAACAGUCUGACGCGCUUGAAGCUAUCACGGUGCCCUAAAAACCUUGGUUUGGAAGGUCGCCAACUUAGGGGAUAAUUUGGACCUCUCAUUCAGCCUAGUGUGUGUUUGUGUGGACUGGGGGACUGAGAGUCAGUCGGGAAUGGCUCCUUCUUAUCGUGACCUUUAUGGCACGCCUACUCCGUGAGAUCUGAGUCGCCCCCUUCCUCUUUUCCUAUAAAAUCGUGGUCUGUGUGCGUUGUGGGCCAGGCGGUAUGGUGGUCCACAUAGGUGCGAGUUUACGCCGUACCAGAAACCUGCCUCCUCUCCCGCCUCCGAUCCCCACUCUGUUUUGGCACCCGAUUCAAGAGGAGCGGAGGGUGCGAUAGGUGCAGUGAAAGUCCACCUUCACUUUUCUUCACUCCCAUGUCGCCGUCCUGGCUAUCGCCCCCUACUGUGGGGCACACGGUGGACAUCGUCGGCAACGACGGUCGGACCGUCACCGAGUUCUCAUGGGAUGGACUAGAAUGCACCACUUGUCCGAACCGUUGAGCCAUCUCAGGGCUAUAUUUUUGCGCGAUGGGCUGGGCAGAAAUCGGCACCGAGUGCGGUUCAAACUAUGUUUUGCCAAGGGGACACGACUAAUGAUCACGUCUUCGCGUCAACGCCCACAAGCAGGCGUCGACGGUGUUUGCCACCCAACUUAGCGCCUCGUUAUCAUGUGCGUACAAUGCAGCUCCACGGGUCACCCAGUCGCCCUCUCAUGUUCGCAGGAUAAUGAGUCUCGCGAACGCACAACACACGGCAAAUUACGCCCUCCCCAACAGAUGCCUUGUCUUCCGAUCCACCAGCAAAUUGCCCCGGACUCAUUUGCUCUUUCACACAUCGUCCUCUGACCUCUGUUAUUAGUUGGGCCGGAGUUUGUUGCGAGUAGAUAAUGAGAUAUCCUUGGGCCGAACAACACCGAACGUGUUCUGCUUGGCACGCCCGUGACAAAUUCUUCAAAACAACCUCGAACGCGUUUCAGGCAGUAGAAAUAUGUCAAGGCUAGGCCGUCAUGCGGCCUGGAUGACGUUUAGCCGGUUUAAUCAACUGUAGAUGCAAGCAAAAUAAUUUACCGCAUUGGCAACAAACAAGCAUCAUGCGGAGAAAUGGGGCCUCGUAGCUCCGGUGGUUUAGAACGUUGGCUGUACUCAGGCUUUACCCUCGCUCGCCUGGGUUCGAAUCCCACAAGGGCCGCCGAGUUCUUCACAAUCAGGUCAAAUGAAUGAAAUGAGAUACAAUUGCAGGCCAGUGUAUGUCCGAUGACUGGCGGGACUCUUCUGCGGUUGCAUAAACACCCCACAUGUCUAUGUUUCCACAUAAUGCCUUAUUUUUAGAUCUGCGGAAUGUUGGUGCUUGUCAGACCGCGGGAGGUCGCUGCGCCGACUCCCUGCCACAAGCCAAUCAUCAAGCAUUCCUAGACGACAGUGAUUGCCGCAGCGACCAUGGUGCCUCCAGGGCUACGCCAGUAACAAAUAACACUGACGUACAGUAGGUGGGCUAAAUCAUGAAAUUUCAACCGAAAUUCUGAAAUGCAUUUUUGCCUCCAAAAGAUUACUUCAGAAGCGUUGUAAAAUUGAUCAUCGUGCAGCAUGAUUCUAUAAUAAUUCAGUUACCUCGGGAUGCCGGCUUUCGAACGAGUUUCUGUCCGGCCACAUGCGAAAACCACACUGUAAAAAAUGACUACUUAAGUAGGCAUGAAUGUUUCUCAUUUAUUUUCGAUGCCCUUAAAAAUUCAGUUGUACUUCACGAGAGGCAUGCAUAAAAAUAGUCAUUUUCCUGCUCAUGCGGUAGAAAAUUGCGCCUUUUUUUAAUUUUAUGCUCAAAGAAAGGGUAUAAUUCGGUUUUCAACAACUUUUCCAAUUCCCGAAUAAUUUUCAACCCCAACCUGCCGUUGCACUUGCGUUCAGAGUUUCCAAACUACAAGCCGUAUGUUUGCCGUAUAAGGAAAAUCGUGUAUUUCUAUGCUCUUUUAAGACAAAAGUAUAUGGUAUUCAUAAAAUUUGACAGUAGAUUUGGACCUUAUUGUAAACCUUACAAGCCACAUUAGUAAAUGCAGAGAAACGAUGUUUUAUGAACAGGCAUUUCACGCUAUUAAAAAAUCUCAUGAUUAGAAACUUUUUCAAAAUCGAAUUAUAUCUUUUCUUUGAGUAUAAAAUAUAAAAAAGGUAAUUUUCCACUGAAUGAGUAAAAAAUGAAUAUGUUUAUGCAUGAUAUCCGUGAAAUAUGAUUGAAUUUGUAAGGGCAUUGAAAAUCAAUGGGAAAAUACAUGCUUUAUAAGUAGUCAUUUUUACAGUGUGGUUUUUGCCUGAAGCCGAGAAGAAGUUCGUUCGAAAGCCGGCAUCCCGGCGUAACUGAAUUAUUAUAGAAUCAUGCUGCACGAUGAUUAAUUUUACAAUGCUUCUUAAGUAAUCUUUUCGAAGCGAAAACGCAUUUCAGAAUUUCGGUUGACAUUUCACGAGUUAGCUCACCUAAUGUACUUACCUUUAACAGAACUUGUAAGCCGGAACUGCCGAACUGCAAACUAGUGAGCGAUCAGACAACCCGCCUAGUUGCGAGAAGUUCACGUGCUGAUAACGCGUCUGAUACCUUUACAAUUCAGGUAUGGUAGGUGGGCCAACUCAUGAAAUGUCAACCGAAAUUCCGGAAUGCGUUUUCGUUUCGAAAAGAUUAAUUAAGUAGGGUUGUAAAGCUAGUCAGCCUGCAACAUAAUUCUAUAAUAUUUCAAUUACCUUUAGGAUGUUGGCUUUCGAAUGAACUUCCUUCCGACCGCCUGCAAAACCUACACUCUGUAAAAAAUAACUACUUAAAUAGCAUGUAUUUUUCUCAUUGACUUUCGAUGCCCCUAAAAGUCCAAUAAUAUUUCAUGCAAAACAUGCAUAAAAAUAUUCAUCCAUUUGCUCAUUCGGUAGACAAUAAUUUCUUCUUCUAAUUUCACACUCGAAGGAGAGACAUUAUUCGGUUUUAAAUUUCUUUUUCCAAUUCCCGAAUAAUUUUGAACUUGCUCUGCCGUCACAUUUGGCUUCAGGGUUUCCAAACUACAAGUCGUAUAUUUUGCGUAAACGGAAAACCAUGCAUUUCUCCACGGUAUUAAGAGGAGAGCAUACAGGGUCCAUAAAAUUAGGCAGUGGACUUGAUCCACAUUGUUAACUUUACAAGCCACAGUGGUGAAUUCAGACACAUGACGAUUUAUAAACGGUGUUUAAAAGUCCCGCUAUUGGAAACUUUUUGAAAACCGAAUUAUGUCCCUCCUUCGAGUACCAAGUUGGAAGAAAACGUAAUUUUCGCAUGAUAAUCAAUAUUGUAACCGUUCCUGAGUAAUCCUUCCUAAUCGAAAGCGCAUUUCGGAACUUCGGUCAACAUUUCAUGAGAUCGAUCACUCACUGUAUCUCUUGAACGAAUAUUCCAUCAUAGGAGUCCUGCCUCUCUUUACGCUUCCAUGCUCUAUUCAUCUUUCAGAUUGCCUACGCACUGGCAAAACUAACUCCAAUAAGUCCGGAGUUUGCGUUCGGUCUCUUCAUCGCCGGUUGUGCGCCGGGUGGUGGCGCGUCAAACGUGUGGACACGACUUCUGGGCGGCGAUCUCGAUCUGAGCAUCACCAUGACGCUGAUCAGCUCUCUGGCUGCCCUGGGUAUGUUUACUUAAAUCGCCCCCCCCCCGACACCCGAGAGCGCUUACUGAUGACUUGCCUUGAAUAAACCCAAAAUAGGAUUACUGUUUUAACAGACUUGACAACUACUACUCAAACUCGCGUCCUCUGCAAUACUUCCUGUGUAUCACACUAACCGCGCCCUGGCUUUAACGGGGAAUUCGAUCGCUUGGUCUGUGUAGUCACCAACCCUCCUGCAAUAAAUUUAUGGGCUGGGGGCAAGAGAUAUCAACCAAUCGGCUGAGGUCCUUUGUGCUUGUGAGAAGUAUUUGCAAAAUGCACGUUAAGUACUCGCGUUUUCUUCAUAAUCUUGCCUCCUAAAGACUAGAUUGUGCAGUAUCACCCCGGUAAACAGUCAACGAACCAGCUGUACUGUAGGAUAUGUUUGGUUUUACUCACGCUGUCUUUGCUUACAGUAGCUGGCCCAUUUCAUAAAAUGUUAACUGAAAUCCUGAAAUGCCUUUUUGCGAUUAGAAAUGUUUACUUUUAUGGGGUUAUGAUAAUUCGGCUGUCGUUGCUGAGGAUGUCCACUGCAGGGUGAAGCAGGCACGGUGUGGACUUGCGAAGCAUCUGCCGCACUCACUCCUCCCCAACCUGGACACGAAGACCGUAGGCGGGGGGGAGGGUAGGCGCAGGCGACUCGCACGACCGAACUCCCACUCAGGCGUACCGCAACAUCCCGUGGUCCACAGCAAACUCUUGACCAGGAUUUUGAUCCACAGCAAAGACACCCCAACAGGGGUCAGAAGGACGAGGAUGAUUGGGCAGCCAUGCUCACGAUCCGUACAUCCAGCGGGAACACAAGCGCAUCUAUCGGCAGGGAACCGAGUGUUAGAGAACUGUCAGCACAAAUCAGACUGCGGGGGCCAUGGUUUGCGAUCCUGACAUAGCAGACGCUUGCAGACCUUUGGGCCCAGAAGGGUGACACGUGACCCUGCUUCUGCCUGGGUCAUCACCCUUCAAUGGCUGGGUAACCAAACCGUCGUCUACAGAGAGGCACUACCCUUAAAGCACACACACACAAACACACUCCACACUUACGUGAGAGUGCCAGAGGUCGCCUCAAGAAAGAGCCCACCAGUUCGCUACUCCACACAAACGUACUCAACUAGGCAGACUGCAUGAACUGAGGUGAGGCUUCACCGGGCAGCCUUCCAAGCCACGGCGCGUGGCCCAUCGUGAUAGUCUCAGACUCUAAUCCCACAUGCAACAGAGGAGCCGCAUGGUGAAGGAGUGGAGAUAUUUCGAUUAGAGAGGGUUACUCAUAUGUGCUCAGAUAUUUCAGUCGCGGCGGGUUAUCGGCGUUUGAAUAAGUUUCUCUCCACAAAUCUUCCCAAUUGAUUUUCAAUGCCUCCAUAAGUUUAAAUACAUUUUGUGGAAAAAAAAUGCACCACAAUUUUCUUUAUCUACUAAUUUGGUAGGACGUUGCACCUUCCUUAAAUUCGUGCUUUUACAUUCUUGAGAGCUUACAGUUAUAAGCUUUUUAUGACCGUGAAAUUUCCAUUUGUAAAGCAUACGUUUAUUAAUGCUGCUUAUGAAAUACGCAAAAUGGUCCAUAUCCAUUGGUAUAUUUGUGGUUCCUAUAUGAUGUCUUCCUAAUAGUACAGGGAAAUGUGUGAUUUUCCUUACGCAGAAAGUAUACAGCCUGUAGUUUGGAAAUCCUGAAUGCAAAUGUAGCAGAAGGUCGGACUCAGGAUAUUUUGGAAUACAAUUUUAAAUCCAAAUAUUAAUUUUCUUGAAGUGUAAAAUUUGAAGACGUAAUGUUCUGCCCAAUGAGUAUGCAAAAGAUCAUGCAUAUUUUCCACAAAGUAUGCUUUAGCUUUAAUUGGUCUCGAAACGGAAUUCGAAAAAUUCAUGCUAACUUUGUGACUAUUUUAAACCGAGUGUGCCUUUGCAGGUGGCGGCAAUGGAGUUCAUUAAAAAUUCUACAAUCUGAGGUGAAUGAAAUCUCUUAGAAUUAUCCUGUACGAUAAUUAUAACCCUAGAUAAUGGAAAACACAUUUCAAGUCCUCGGUUAUCAUUUCAAGAGAUAAACCAAUUACUGCACCUCCGAACUCGCAUGUCCCUUUGAACGCAUCAUGCGAAAAGCUAGUUGAUCAUUCUUUUCAGAAAUCUAAAAGAAAUCCAAAUUCUCUUGGUCACAGCUUUAUCGCUCCUUCCACUAACAACUAGAUCAAUCUUCGUUAAGUGAACAAACAAAUCCGACGUCUAGCCCUCCUUUAUGCGGCACGUUUACUAAAGGUCCACAGAUCGGUCCUUCAGAGUUAUUAGGUACACGUCAAAAGUCUGCAUCAUUCGGCUCGCGUGAAGUGUCCUGGCGGUCUUUUAUUUCAUUUCCGUGCGCAAUUUAGAGCUUUGACUUUCAUUCCCUUUCUCUCUCUCUCAGGAAUGAUCCCGUUGCUUCUCCUCGCCCUCGGUAAUUUUAUCAAACCUCUCAGCGUGGGUAGCCUACCCUACGGCAUGAUCACUCUUCAAAUCCUCUUCGUCUUCCUGCCUGUUGCCGGAGGCCUGCUAAUGCGCCGAUUCUUCCCUUCAUUCGCGGACAAAUUGCGUCCAGCGGUGCGACCCACAGCCCUCAUCUUCCUCCUCUAUGUCCUGAUCUUUGGUUCCGUCGCCUACUUGCCCGUUUACCGGCUCAUGGCCCGGUACCCCCUUUUGGUGGCCGUCGGAGCCGCCUUGCCGUUCACGGGAUACCUCCUGGGAUUCAUGUUCUCUCGACUGCUUUGUCGCCCCUGGCCCGUGGUCACGGCUAUCGCUAUAGAGACGGGCGUCCAGAAUAGUGGCAUCGCCAUACUCAUCCUCAUCAAUGCAAUGCCUCAACCCGAGGGCGAUAUGGGCGCCAUUAUGCCGAUAAUUAUCGCUCUAAUGACUCCCCUGCCCCUGCUAUGCGUCUUCCUAGUCCGUUCCGUGAUAAAAUUGGUGAAACGGAAGAAGGAGAAGGUGUCUUCCACUGUGUCAGAUGAUCUUGAUGUGAUUUAA